AAUUAUUCAUGAUUAAUUUUUUUAAUCGCUUGACAGCCCUACUAACAGGUCAGUUAGUAGCUCUGGUGUUCAUAAUGCUCUCUAAGGUUCUGCUGUACCUUAAAUACCUUCCUAAAGUUAUUUUUCAAUGUUAGCAAUUGACACAUUACCUGAUCACAAAUGGAAAAGGACAUGUCCCGCAUGAUUAGGAAGGUGAUCCAUGAGACUCUAUAAAGGUGUGGUCCACCCAAUGAGGAACAGUUGAAGAGGCUGCCCCAAGUCUCCUUAUUCAUUGAAGAAGUUGGAAGGGGUCUUUGCCCCAAGCGCCCUUGCUUCCUGGAGAGGCCAGGAAAGGGAGAGACUCUUCUAUACAGGCCCUAGUCCAAAUCCCCUAACACAGAGCGUGCCCCGACACUCCUCACUUCUUGCAGGUGGUGACAAAUUCUUCAGUGGGGGUGGGGGUUAACACUAUGUCAUGUUGGGGGAGGGGACUUCCUGGGAGGGUCAGUGGGUCUCUCCCACUCCUGGAGGCAGGCCGGGGGGCAGCAAGUGGGGCAAUUUGCCCCAGACCCCGCAGGGGCCCCAUAAGCCCUGGCUAAAGGCACCCUUUUAACUUUUACUCACCCGGCGGCAGUCCGGGUCGGCAGGCCCUUCACUCACUCUGGGUCUUCAGCGGCGGGUCCUUCAGUGCCACCGAAGACACGGAGCGAGUGAGGGACGCCCUGCUGUGGAGCGAGUGAAGGACUCGCCCCCCCUGCAGACUCAGAAGGCUGCCAGGUGUUUGUUUCAGAAUGUACACAGAAGAUGAAGCUAGGAAAAUGGGAGUAGUUGGCUGGGUUAAAAAUACCAGACAAGGGACUGUUACUGGCCAAGUUCAGGGCCCAGAAGAUAAAGUAAAUGCAAUGAAGGCCUGGCUGAGUAAAGUUGGAAGUCCCAGUUCUCGCAUAGACCGAACCAACUUUUUUAAUGAAAAGGAGAUCUCUAAGCUUGAUUUCUCAGGAUUUAGCACUAGAUACUAAUGGAGGAAGAAAUCUUUAAGCACAAAAUAAUAAUGCUUCAGCUGCAUAGUAAUUUAUGUGUCUCCAAAAAAUAACACGACAGCACUUUUUUUGAUGUCUGCUUCAUACUAAAGUAUAAAAAUGCCCCUUUUACAUAAUGCAGGACUGUCAGUUACUGUAUUAGAAAUUUCACAAUGUAAAUCUUUACCAACAUUGCCAAUUUAUAUGUAAUUUACUUAGAAGUAUAAAAAAAUCAAUAAAAAAUACAACUGCAAAAUCAGCAAAUACUAAUGCACAGUGAAAUUUAUAAGACAUGAUCAUACAGAAUCUAGUCUUUGCCCAAUAAAAUAUUUGGUUUAUAUAUAUUAAAAAGCAAACAAAUAAAAAACAACUUCAAUUUCACUGUGACAUAAUUAAAAAUGUUUAAAUACUUUAAGUAAUCUUUAAACAGGAUCACAGCAACAUUCAGUAGUAUAUCCUAUAUGCUAUGAAUCGUAAAGUUCUCUUGUAUUAUUUGUAAUAAUUAGUUAAUACUGUAGCAAAUGUUCUAAAAUAAAUGUGUU